AUGAAUCUACCAACAAAUACUGCUUCUCCUAUGGAAGUUAGUAACGGAAAGGCCCUCGAUCUUUUAUUUGGUCCUAAUACCAAUCAUUAUCAAAAGCAAAAUGUCUUACCAUCAGUUCAUCAAUUUGAAAACUUUAGAAGUCCACCUCCACCACCUUAUCACUUUCAUACUCAUGCUUCUUCAUCAUCUCAACAAGGAACUCAUCAAUUGGGUUGGAAAGGUGGAAGUGGCCAAGCAUGUGGUCAUAUGAUGAAAGCUCCGAAGAGUAAUAAUGGGGAGAGUGCGACCACAACAGAUGUCUUGACUGGAUUGUACAAGACUUCUGAUGCUAUCUUGUACAACCAUCAAUACCAUGACAAUAAUCAAUACGUUGCUACUAAUUACACUUCCAUGGUUAUGGGUACAUCAAACACUACUUUUGAUCAAAAACCAAAUUGUACCACUACAUCUCCAUUUAUCAAUUAUUCUGGUGCUGCAACUUGUGCUUCCUCAUGGAAUGUAUACCAUUCAGCAAAUAAUGCGGAACAACACACUUUGCCUCCUUCUACUAUCAUUAACAAUCACUUUGCUCAUUCCUCCGUUUUCAAACAAGAUCAUUAUCAAGAGCAAUAUAAUACCAAUAAGCAACCAGUUAUUGAUAGAGUAGUAGCAGCGCCAAUGUAUUGUCAUGACUCUGUUGUGGUCGCACGCCCUCAAAACGUUAGCGUCUCCAAUGCUUUUGCAUUGCCACAAACCAACAAUAAUAUCCAUAUGAAUCAAUACCAUUAUCAGCUUACUAAUUUUGCUGAUGCUGCCCAACAACAACAACCAACCCUUGAUGUUUGUUAUCAUGAUGAGAGUACCAACCUUGAUAAUUGCAAAUGCCAUUUGCGUAUUAUUCGUCCAACUCACAUGCUUGCAAAUAUUGAUGAUCAACAACACAGCUAUCCACUUGAACCUCACUCUAAAAAGAUGAAACUUGCUGAUUCUGUUGUUGAAACUCACUCAUCCUCUUCAAGCAAUGCUAGUAACAGCGUUAGUGAAAGCACUGCUUCUAGAAAGAAUUCCUUAGAUGGUGUUAAACAAAAUAUUACUUCUAGUGAAACCACCAGCCCAGUAGCAGCUAUUGCUCGUAAACCUAUUGUUUCCAAGAAGAGUAAUACUAAGAAACCAAAAUCUGAUGAUAACUCUCAAACCAAGAAGAAGGUCACAACCACCAAGAAGACCUCUCCAUCUCCAAAAGCUCCUGUAAAGUUCAAUGUUGAUUUGUCCAAGGAAAAUUUGCAAGAUACCGCUACUAUUCCAAUUCGUAUCUUGGCCUACAAUCUUGGACUCACUAAGGAUAUUCAAAAGUCCUGGAGAUAUAGAGAUAUCAGAAGAGCUCUCUUUGAAAGAAUGAUUGAUGAACAUAUCGAAUUUGUUGAUAAUCAAUUAGAACAUUCUUUAUUGAGAGAGAGACUUCCACACAAGUUGACUUAUAGCAACUUUUGUAAGAGAGUAAUGCUCCUUGUAUUCCACUUUGUGGUCAGAGAUGGUAAGGAACCAAAGUUCUUCAGAAGACCACUCGUUCAAAGAGAUUACAUUGAAAAGUUACUCAAGGAUAAUGAUCCACACUUUUAUUCACUUGUUGAAACUUGUCAUGCUCAUCAACUCCACAAUCUCAUGAAUAGAGAUGGCAAGACUUUCCAAGAAGCCAUUACAAUUGUCUUUAAGGAUUUGAUCGAUCCUACCAGUUUGCAAAGUUUGCAUGGAUCUUCCAAUGCUGAAGCUUGUAGAAAGAUUAGAAAGCCAAGAUCUCAAAAGAAGUCAUGCAGUGAUGAUGAAGAUGACGAUGAAGUCAGUGAAGAUGAAGACUUGGAAGAUAAGCCAUCUGCCAGAUCAAGACGUAGAGCUAGUACUGACUUGAAACGUAAACUCAAACCUGUCAGUGAAGAUUCUGAUGAUGACGAUGACUACUAAGAUUACAACAACUAUUGUAUACUUGAAUAGUACUAUUAUAUAUUGAUAAAUAUUAAACUGAUAUUUUAUUUA